AUGGAGGAAGCCAAGUACACUGUCCUUUCAGACCUGCCCCCUCCCACUCAAAACUACAAGUCUGAUGCAAUUACCCUCACCAUCACCAUCUCAACUAAAAUUUCUUUUUUGCGUUGGGUAGGCCCACUCUUGUUAACUUGUGCUGAAAAUCCAAACUCCACCGACUUCAGUCAUAUCCUCUAUUUACACCAACUCGACCCACCAAAGUUACUUUCCAUAUACGACCCCUCUUCUUCAAUACGGGAUUUGGCCGUUUUACCUUCUUCCAAUGACAUUCCAAAUCCUUCACCGAGUCCGAUAUGUGACCAAGCUGUAUACAUCACAGACAAGUCGAUUUGUAUAAUGGAGUUAUCGCACACAAAUAAGGUGGUGAAGCCCAUAGUUGGGGAAUCACUUCUUCCAUAUCCUCCAACAAGUGUAUGUGCGCACUUGAAACACCCGUUACUCUAUGUCGGGUGUGUUGAUGGGACUGUACUCCUCCUUAACAACACUCUCCAGAUCAUUUCCCUCGUCAAAACAAAUAACGCGCCAAUUGUUAAGGCGAUUCCGUCAUUGGAGUUAACACACUUGUUUGUUUCGUGCAGUCGGGGCCCUUCGAUGUUGAAAGUCCAAACGUUUUUAUCGCCACAUCCGGUGAAUACCAUUCCUUUGCACAUCUUCAUGACAGACAUUUUCUGGGACGGCCACGCAGUCGACCCUCUCAUCGUCGGUGACGCAUUAGGGUUUGUUAAUGUGAUAGACAGAUCGAGUGCCGCCGUCAAAGCAAAGAAACAAGCGACGUUCACACGAGUGAAGGCGCACAGUAGUGGGUGUAAUGCAGUGGAUACUUUUGGGUCUUUAGUCUUCAGUGGUGGUGAUGAUGGGCGAGUUGUUGUUUUCGACAAACAGAGAUAUCACAACAGACGAAAAAGAAAAGGCGCAAAAACCAUCCACGUCUUAUUCAAAGUGAUGAAGGAAAAUGGUGACGUUGUUGUGAAUGAGGACGUGGCGGAGAAUGAAAAGCAAUUGGAGGGGUAUGUGUUGUCUGAUGACGACGUCAGAAUUGUUGAUUUGAAAAUCAAUAAAAAGCUUGAGAAAAUAGCAAUUGGUGUGAGGAAGGGUGUAGUGUUAGUAAAGAGCUUACAAACAGAAUGA